UCUCACCUCCCAUGACACUUUCUCCCUCUAUGCUAGCAGACCUGCAAUUACCACCAUUCUUUCUCCGCCAUUACCACCGACCAAAAAAGCUCCAAACUUUUCAGAACCCAACUCAUGGAUGAUCAUCCCUCCUCCGCUGCAAGAGUUUAUCUCCCUCCUUCCGUAGAAUCCUUGCUCCAAACCAUCUGUGCCAAGCAGUGCCAAACGCCGCCUGACUUAUAUGUCCGACGCAGACUAGCUGCAAUUGGAGAGGAUGCGUCUUUACAAAUUUUAACAAACAUUUCGUCGUGCACGAUUAAGAAGAGCCUCAGUGCCUUUAUUGUACACUUGUCUAAGGAUUAUCUCUCAGAUCAAUCUCCACAAAAAACUGCUUCCCCUAGCAGUAUCAGCCCCAGUUCUAUAUCUAACUCUCUUGCACAAAAAUAUGGUUCAUGCUCACUUUUUGGCACUCCAGAGAGACAAAGGAUUGAAGGGAUUAGCCCCCAGUUGUCUGCCUUGAGUGAACUUGAGUUUAGGAAAUCAUUCUUAAUACUUAGUUAUAUUAGAGGGAAGAAUGUAGAAGAUCUUUUGACAGUUGAUGAUAUUCUAAAUCAUAAAGAUACACCAAUGAUUUCCUUUGAGUCCCUUAUGUGGAACAAAUUCGGUCAGCAAAUUGGGGAUCCUGGAAGUAGAUCAAAGUAUGUGGACUGGGAUUCUGGACAUACACAUAUAUAUCACUGUCAUGUUAAUUCUAAUGGAGCUUACUUCUUUAAGGGGCCAUUUUUAACUACAACGAGAACUCAUCUUCAAAGAAAAUUAGGAGAUGAAAAUGUACUGCUGGUGAAAUUUACUGAUGAGGCUGGUUUUAGGAAAGUUGCUGAACAAGGAGUUCUAGUUGGUUUGAGGCUGUAUAGAUUUUUUGUGUAUAAAGAUGGAGGUAAAGAGGAGAAGAAAAAAGAUCCAACUUCUUCACCUGUCAAAUGUUACUUUGUUAGAAUGCAGUCUGUAGCUCCGUUUCAUGAGGAAGAGCCUUAUAUUCUGUCGGACAAGACAGUUUAUGAAGCUAGAUGUCUUUUUAUGCAUGGACAUACUACAUCUAGCAUGACUAAAUAUAUGGCAAGGUUUUCCUUAAUACUAUCCAAGACGAUACCACUGCCAAUUGAUCUUACUUCUGUGGAAGUUGUCUUCAUUGAUGAUAUUCCAUGUCGGGAUGCAACUGGUUUUAUUGUAAAUAAUGAAGACAAUGAACCUCUUAUACAUACAGAUGGAACUGGGUUUAUUUCAGAAGACCUUGCUAUCAAAUGUCCCAAGGAUUUCUCAAAGCAUAAACAUCUAGAUCAUGUUGAUAUUUAUGACGAUAUGGUAUCUGGAGUCUCAGAAAAUCACGCUACUGCUGCUACAGAUCCGCCUUUGCUCAUGCAGUGUCGAUUAUUUUACAAAGGAUAUUCUGUGAAGGGGACUUUUCUAGUCAACAAAAAGCUUCCGUCUAGAAGAAUUGAGAUUCGACAAUCAAUGGUGAAGGUUACAAGGGACACCGAGGUUAAAAAUCUACUAACUUUAGAUUCGCUAGAGUUGGUGGCUAUAAGUCGAAAACCAAAGAAAACCUUUCUAUCAAAAAAUCUGAUUGCGUUACUUACCUAUGGAGGGAUUCCUGGAAAUUUCUUUAAAAAUAUUCUCAUGAAUACAUUGGAAGAUGUCCGGAAUAUUUUCUCCAGUCAUACUGCAGCAUUACGAGUUGCAAUAAACUAUGGAGAAAUUGACGAUUAUUACACUGUUGCCAAGAUGAUUCUCAACCGUAUUCCUUUGGAUGAACCAUACCUGCAAUACCGUUUGUCUAUCCUUGGAAAAGUCGAACGAACAGGACUAAAAGGAGGCAAACUUCCUAUUGACGAAAGCUUUUACCUCAUGGGGACAGCCGAUCCAACUGGAGUUCUAAAAAGUGACGAAGUUUGUGUUAUUCUGGAGAAUGGGCAAAUUUCAGGGAAUGUUUUAGUGUACAGAAACCCAGGGCUCCAUUUUGGAGAUGUACAUAUACUGAAAGCAGUUUAUGUACCAGACAUGGAGUUCAUCGUUGGAAAUGCUAAAUAUGGGAUAUUUUUCUCAAUAAAUGGCCAGAGAUCGGCUGCUUCUGAAAUUGCAAAUGGUGAUUUUGAUGGUGAUAUGUAUUGGGUCUCAAGAAAUCCUCAGCUUUUACAUUAUUUUAAGGCGAGUGAACCAUGGAGACGCGUUCGAUCAGUUCCAAAUAAGCCAAGUCAAAAGCCUGGCGACCUCUCACCCGAACAAUUGGAACACGAGCUCUUUCAACAAUUCAUUGAAACCAGGUUUCAUCAAAGUAGCUCUAGCGGUAUUGCAGCUGACAGUUGGCUUACAUUCAUGGAUCGUUUAUUAACAAUGGAAGAGAAGGAUCAUUCUGAAAAGGAACGGUUGAAGGAAAAAAUGAUUCAAUUGGUAGAUAUAUACUACGAUUCUCUAGAUGCACCUAAAACUGGAAAAAAAGUUGUGGUUCCAAAAGAAUUGAAAACCGAGCAGUACCCUCAUUUUAUGGAACGAAGUAGAAGCUACCGCUCCAAGUCUAUUUUGGGACAAAUAUAUGAUAUUGUAGUGGAAUCAUUUCAAGCUGAAGGAGAAAUUGGACAACAAGAGAUAUGGAAAUUGCCUAGUUUCAACAUACAACCUCCUCAAUCAGCUAUGGCCAUUUGGAGUCAGAGGUACAAUGAUUACAGAAAAGAGAUGAGUUCUGCAUUACAAUCAAGUAAUACAAGUUCCGGAAGUUCUUCAACUGAAGGUUCAAAGCUAGAUAAAGACUCUAUUAAUGAAGCUGCAAGCCAAAUCAUCAAGAAAUACAAACAGAUUUUGUAUGGCGCGGAUGAGUUUGAACUACGUAAGAGGAAUUUGGAAGAUGUUUGCAAUGAGGCAGUUGCAAUAUAUCAUGUGACGUAUCAAUACGCUCAAUUGAGGUCUUCGGUUAGUUCGUGUGGAUUUGUGUGGAAGGUUGCGGGUGAUGCCCUUUUUCAUAUUCACGCGUUGGGCCUUGACGAAAGGUGCGUACCGUGUUUACCCUCGGUUCUUAGGGAGCUUCUUAGGUAGGACUUAGGAGGAUGUUUAGAUAUGUGGUUUCUAAUGUUGUAAUGUAUUAUAUGUUGUAAUGUAAUGUUGUAUUUAUUCUUCAUGUAUUAUAUGUUGUUGUAUUGGACACUUCAUUUUUAGGCAGUAUUUUACUUUAAUUUAUAAUAUAUUAUAUAUCUUU